AUGGGUCCCUUCGCCUUCUCCCCUCCUCUCCUCCCUUUUGAGUCGACUCAAAAGCAGUGUCUGGGCCCCUUCGCCUUCUCCCCUCCUCUCCUCCCUUUUGAGUCGACUCAAAAGCAGUGUCUGGGCCCCUUCGCCUUCUCCCCUCCUCUCCUCCCUUUUGAGUCGACUCAAAAGCAGUGUCUGGGCCCCUUCGCCUUCUCCCCUCCUCUCCUCCCGUUUGAGUCGACUCAAAAGCAGUGUCUGGGCCCCUUCGCCUUCUCCCCUCCUCUCCUCCCUUAUGAGUCGACUCAAAAGCAGUGUCUGGGCCCCUUCGCCUUCUCCCCUCCUCUCCUCCCCUUUGAGUCGACUCAAAAGCAGUGUCUGGGCCCCUUCGCCUUCUCCCCUCCUCUCCUCCCUUUUGAGUCGACUCAAAAGCAGCUUCCGCCAGAGGCUACUGCAGAAGCACAUGUUGCCAGCCAAUUCAAGCCCUGCGUGCUCAUCUCUCACUGCCCAUCUCCUCCCCUCCCGCUUUGCCUGUCUCCCUUGCACCUCCGCCAGGCUUCCGCCAGAGCUGCUGCAGAAGCAGAAGCGCAUGCUGCCAGCCAAUCCAAGCCCUGCAUGCUCGUCUCUCACUGCCCAUCUCCCCUCCCGUUUUGCCUGUCUCCCUAUCCCUGCAUCUCCGCCAGGCUUUCACCAGAAGCUGCUGCAGAAGCGCAUGCUUCUGCCAGCCAAGCUGUGCUGUGCUGCUUCCUCCAGAAGCUGAUGAACAAGUACAUGCUGCCAGCCAAGCCGCUUCCGCAAGAGGCUGAGAAACAAGUGCAUGCUGCCAGCCUGGCCGUGCGGGGACUGCCAGAAGUCAUUUGCGGCUAUUCUACAUCCCACCCCCCUCCCACCUUCCACCCUCCCACCUUCCACCCUCCCACCUUCCACCCUCCCACCUUCCACCCUCCCACCUUCCAUCCUCCCACCUUCCACCUUCCCACCUUCCAUCAUCCCACCUUCCACCCUCCCACCUUCCAUCCUCCCACCUUCCACCCUCCCACCUUCCAUCCUCCCACCUUCCAUCCUCCCACCUUCCAUCCUCCCACCUUCCACCCUCCCACCUUCCACCCUCCCACCUUCCACCCUCCCACCUUCCACCCUCUCCCAGGCUUCCUCCAGAAGCUGAGGCUUCCGCAAGAGGCUGAGGAACAAGUACAUGCUGCCAGCCAUUCCAUGCGGGGAUUGCCAGAAGUCAAUUGCGGUUAUAUGACGUCCCACCCUCCUCCCACCUUCCACCCUCUCCCAGGCUUCCGCAAGAGGCUGAGGCAGAAGUACAUGCUGCCAGCCAAGCCAUGCGGGGACUGCUGCGUGCACACAUUCUGCUUCCUCUGCGCCAUCAGCCAGGAGUAUCGCGAGCUCAAGAUCCGAGGCUGGGAGCCCAAGCUCGGUUAUCUGAGCAACGCGCGUCGUUUCAUGGCUGCGGGUAAAGUGCCUCCUACAGGGCAGCAGAUGGAGCGCUGA